AUUGAGAACACUUCUUCCGGGUAUGAGAACCGUACUCGCUGCUCGCGUAUUUGAGCAGAACAGAACUUGGACUGAGGGUGAUUACGUUUCACAAGUACGGGAGUACGCAAGUUCGGAGAAGGUCACAUGAUCUGUGACUUUUGGUCAGACUCCACGUCUACUGCGCAGUAGAAGACAAAACGAGGACACAGCAGAGUCUCCAGGACCCAGCUGUCCCAGCUCUAGACGUGAACAUCUGAACUUCAGUAAUGAACCUGGAUCCUCAGACACAAACAGAUGUUGGUCUGCAGGAGGUUCUAGAUGAACAUAAGAUCGGUCUGAGGAGGAGAUUCGAACAUGUGACGGAAGAAACUGAUGGAACAGGAAAUAGAACCCUCCUGAACAAGAUCUUCCCUGAGCUCUACAUCACAGAGGGACAGAGUGAAGAGGUCAAUACUCAACAUGAGGUGAUGCAGCUGGAGACAACCUCCAAGAAGAAGAUCUUCCAGGACACUCCCAUCAAGUGCUGCGACAUCUUUAAAGCCUUACCUGACCAGCAGGGACGCAUCAGAGUCGUCCUGACCAACGGUGUCGCUGGUGUAGGAAAAAACUUCUCGGUGCAGAAGUUCACUCUGGACUGGGCCGAGGGUUCGGAAAACCAGGAUGUGAAUCUGCUGAUUCUGCUUUCGUUCAGGGAGCUGAACCUGAUCAGACAUCAGCAGCACAGUCUUCUCACACUGCUCCAUGUUUUCUAUCCAACAUUACAGAAGGUCAGCACAGAGAAGCUCGCUGUCUGUAAACUUUUGUUCAUCUUUGACCGCCUGGAUGAAAGCAGACUCUCACUGGACUUCAACAGCCGGACGCUUGUUUCUGAUGUCACACACAGGUCAUCAGUCAACGUGCUGCUGACCAACCUCAUCCAGGGGAAUCUGCUGCCCUCGGCUCUCAUCUGGAUAACUUCCCGACCUGCAGCAGCCAAUCAGAUCCCUCCUACAUGUAUUGACAGGGUAACAGAAGUAUGGGGCUUCACUGACGACCAGAAGGACGAGUACUUCAGGAAGAGAUCCAGAGAUGAAGAGCUGUCCAGCAGAAUCAUCUCACACAUCAAGACGUCCAGGAGUCUCCACAUCAUGUGUCAAAUCCCAGUCUUCUGCUGGGUCAGUGCUACAGUUCUGGAGCACAUGUCUACCACAGAGCAGAGAGAAGAGCUGCCCAAGACCCUGACAGACCUGUACUCACAGUUCCUGCUGUUUCAGACAAAAAAGAAGAACAAGUACGAUAAAGGUAGUGAGACAAGCCCACAGGAGCUGAUGGAGGCUGACAGGGACAUUCUUCUGAAGCUGGGGAGGCUGGCCUUUGAACAUCUACACAAAGGAUACAUCAUGUUCUACCAAGAAGACCUGGAGCGGUGUGGUCUUGAUGUGACAGAGGCCUUGGUGUACUCAGGAGUUUGUACAGAGAUCUUCAGAAGAGAGAGUGUGAUCUUGCAGAAAACAGUCUACUGCUUUGUUCAUGUGAGCGUUCAGGAGUUUCUGGCUGCAGUCUACAUGUUCCACUGUUUCACCAACAGGAAGACAAAGGUCCUGAAGAACUUCCUGGGAGAAGAAUACUCAGCCCAGAUCCAAACACCUCAUUUUCACUUAUCUCUGGAUGUGUUCCUGAAAGGAGCCAUGGAGAAAUCCCUUCAAAGUGAAAAUGGUCAUCUGGACCUGUUUGUUCGCUUCCUCCAUGGACUCUGUCUGGGGGACAACCAGAGACUCUUAGGGGGCCUGCUGGGUCAGACUAAGAACAGUCCAGAAAUCAUCCAAAUAGUCAUCAAGAACCUAAAGACGAUGAACACAGACAACAUCUCACCUGACAGAAGCAUCAACAUCUUCCACUGUCUGACAGAGAUGAACGACCAAUCAGUGCACCAGGAGAUCCAAGAGAUCAUGAAGUCAAAGGACAGAAGACAGAAUCUCUCUGAGAUCCAAUGCUCAGCUCUGGCCUACAUGCUGCAGAUGUCUGAGGAGGUUGUGGAAGAGUUUGAAAUGAGAAUGUACACAACAUCAGCCCAGGGAAUACACAGACUGAUUCCAGCUGUGAGGAACUGCAGGAACGCUGAGUUGACGAGAUGCAGUUUGUCAGAGAUCAGCUGUUCUUCUCUGGCCUCAGCUCUGAAGUCCAACCCCUCCCACCUGAGAGAGCUGAACCUGAACUGCAACAAGACGCUGCAGGAUUCAGGAGUGAAGCUGCUGUGUUCUGGACUGGAGAGUCCACACUGUAGACUGGAGACUCUGGAGUUGGGUGGCUGCGGUUUGUCAGAGAUCAGCUGUUCUUCUUUGGCCUCAACUCUGAAGUCCAACUCCUCCCACCUGAGAGAACUGGACCUGAGCAACAACAAGCUGCAGGAUUCAGGAGUGAAGCUGCUGUGUUCUGGACUGGAGAGUCCACAAUGUAGACUGGAGAGUCUGGGGUUGAUGAGCUGCAGUUUGUCAGAGAUCAGCUGUUCUUCUCUGGCCUCAGCUCUGAGGUCCAACCCCUCCCAGCUGAGAGAACUGGACCUGAACUUCAACAAGCUGCAGGAUUCGGGGGUGAAGCUGCUUUGUUCUGGACUGGAGAGUCCACACUGUAGACUGGAGACUCUGUGGUUGAUGGAAUGCAGUUUGUCAGAGAUCAGCUGUUCUUCUCUGGCCUCAGCUCUGAAGUCCAACCCCUCUACCCUGAGAACACUGAAUCUGAAAUACAACAAACUGCAGGACUCAGGAGUGAAGCUGUUGUGUCCUGGACUGGAGAGUCCACACUGUAAACUGGAGAGACUGGGGUUGAGUGACUGCAGUUUGUCUGAGAUCAGCUGUUCUUACCUGGCCUCAGCUCUGAAGUGCAACCCCUCCCACCUGAGAGAACUGGAGCUGAACUAUAACAAGCUGCAGGAUUCAGGAAUGAAGCUACUGUGUUCUGGACUGGAGAGUCCACACUGUAGACUGGAGACUCUGGAGUUGAGGGGCUGCAGUUUAUCAGACAUCAGCUGUUCUUCUCUGGCCUCAGCUCUGAAGUCCAACCCCUCCCACCUGAGAGAACUGGACCUGAAUGGGAACGAGCUGCAGGAUUCAGGAGCGAAGCUACUGUUUGAUCUUGUGAUGAGUCCAGACUACAGACUGGACACUCUGAGGUGGAUACCAUGAACUCGAUGAAUGUGAGAGUGAAGAGGACAGUGUGUGUGUGUCGACAGAAGAUGAGUUUCGUCCCGAGGCCUGCACUGCGACGCCGCUUUAACUGAUCUGUGACGAAAA